AUUAUGGAAAUGAUCCACAACAAACAAUUAAUAUAGUUUUAGAACAUGUAGAUCCUAUUGUUUUAACUCCAAAAUCAAUAUCUGUAGUAAAUACAAGACGAUCAAGUUCAAAAUGUAGAAAUUUCUUUGUUAGACUUCUACUUCGUCGUGAUGUUAAUUCUUCACUUAGUGAUUGGUCAUUACUAGUUCUUGCUCUAGCUGUUCGAGCUGGUGUUAAAGAUAUUGUUGAAUUAUUAUUAAAGAAAAAAGCUCAAGUUAAUUGUCGUAUAAAUGUUGUUCGUCAUGCUUCUUUAAUUCCAUUACAUAUUGCUUGUGAACAUGGAGCACAUGUCAAUGCAGAAUCAUUACCAAGUGGUCAAGAAUAUUUAUCAGUUACUGAUCCAUCAGUUAUCGAUAUACAUAGAAUAAAUGACUCUGUUCCACAUGGUCGUACUCCUUCACAUAUUGUAUGUGCACAUGAAGCAACAGAAGAUACAUUAUCUCUAGUUCGUCUACUUCUUGAACAUCAUGCUAAUCCAAAUGCUGUAUGUAAUGGUCGAACAUUACCUUCACUCGCUAUCACUCUUGGAAAUGAACGUUUAGUUGAUUUACUUAUCAAUCAUGAAACAACACAUCCGUCGACUUCACUCGGACUAGGAAAUGGAAAAGUAUUACGUGCUAUUUUAUCAACAGUUCAAGAAUCUCAAUGGACUUAUGCUAAACGAUUAGAAUUAGUAUGUAAAGAAUCGAUUAAAAGAAAUUUACUUAAUUUAUAG